AUGCCUUCUUUCCAGGACCUCCCCGAUGAGCUUCUCAAGCAUACCCUAUCCUUCCUCGUCGCGCCUGAAGCACCCCAGUGGCAGAUUUGGCACGAAUUUCAGACCGAACAGAUAAAGGGCAACUACCCAGACCACGAGGAAGAUCAGAAUGAAGGUGAUGGCGUCGCGUCUCUAUACAGUCUGUGUCUAGUUUCGAAGCGAUUUCGCGAUAUUGCGCAACCUCUUCUAUUUCUGGACUUCUCCGAUGAUGGUGUGCUUGGGAAUACAGAGGAAACCGUGCGCUUUGCGAACUGCCUCUAUCGGUACCCAGAGCUCGGUCAAUUUGUCCAAGACGUCACAAUAUGCCGCCCGUUUUUUUUCGAUGACCCGGAUGAGGAGGCGUUUAACGAACCUCUGACCGCCGAACUCUCCGAAGAAGACAUCGAAAUUUACAUGAGAGCGAUCAAGGAGCUCAAUCUAGGCGCCGAGGAAGAGAAGUGGAUUUCUGCUAUGAAGGAGUGCAACCUCGCUGUUUUCGCUGCCUUGGUCCUCAACAAAACUCCCAACCUUCGACGCUUGAUUAUUCCAGGCGGGCUAGAUUCGUUGAACCCUUACACCCACCUCUUCCGUCAUAACCCUUCAUUUCUGCACAGGCUCGAGUGUUUGGGUGUGAUGGGCAAAGACGAGUAUGAUGGUCAUGAUAUUACAUCCUAUAGCGACUUUUUCGCCCUACCUAACCUAAAGAUCGCCAUGAUUGAGGAUGGUGAUCUCCAAAGUACAACGAACCCAGUAACAUGGGAACCGGGUUCUUUCAACAUCAAGGAGCUCAUUUUCCACGGCUGUGUCCUUGACGGUCCAUCCAUGAGUACAUUCAUACGGGCAUGCAAAGAUCUGAAAUACUUCUUGUUCGACAACUUUAAGGCCCACGUCGAGAUCACUGACCGUCCGCAAAAGGGAUCAAUGUUCAAUGCAGCCGAUGCCCACAAAGCUCUCCUCGAUCAUAAGGAAACCCUGGAAUAUAUGCGUGUCGAUCUUCCCAGGUCGGAGCGUGAUCUUGAAGAUUGGCAGCGAUUCAUUUCCAGCCGUGCCAAAAUGGGUCCUUUACGCGAUUUCACGGCACUUAAAUCUAUCCGUAUUCAACAAGCGCUAGUUUCAGUCCACCCUCAACUACCACCUGCGCUCAAGAAACUGUCGAUUCCCGACUGCAAUUCUUCCGUCAUUAAUCUCGUUAAAAAUAUUGCCAAGGAUUGCAAGAAGGGUCUGUACCCGGACUUUGUCGACUUCAAAAUGUUCGCUCCUGAUAUCACACAACCCAUACAGCUUCCUGGGCAAGUCAUUCCAGAGGGCAAAACUCCAGCACAAGCUCAUGAAGCCCUGGUGGAUCUAUUCAUAGGCACCAAUGUCAAUUUCCUGAUAGCGCCAAGCACGUCCAGUCCUGAUGACUUUAUGGAUGAGUAUGACGAUGAUGACGAUUUUGAUGAUGAUUUUGACGAUGGGUUUGACGAUGGGUUUGACGAUGAUUUUGACGAUGAAGAAGAAUUAGACCUUGAACGUCUCAGGGAGACAAUGAUUAAUGCACGUUUGGGCGCAGGUGGACGAGGAGGAGCUGGAAGAGGAGCUGCACGGGGUGGAGCUGCAAGAGGUGGGUCUACACGGGGCGGAGCUGGAAGGGGUGGACCUGGUCCCAACGGCCCUAUGCCCCCAGAGCUUUUGGAUUACUUUAUGAACCGCGCUAUGCAGGAUCCUGAUUUCGCACACCUAUUCCCACAACCCGCAGGAGGCUCCCGGAGAGCUCCCGGGGGACCUCGGGCACCUCGAUGA